AUGAUUACAAAUAACAACGUCAUUCGUGAGCUGCGUCUGCUGCGGCGGCGGCAUUGGUCAACAUGGGUGACCGUGUGGCCGUUUGUGGUGCUAUACGCGGUAUCCAUUAUGCUUUACAUGGACCCUGAACUGGUGUGGGACCGCAUGACGUAUCUCGUGCACUCGACAUACAUUGACUUUUUCCACGCUAUUUGCGCUCCUGUGGUGCUUUUUUUGCAUGGCUUCCUGUCCCUCUUUACCAUCUGGUCCGUACGCUUCCGUGCCGUUAUUCUCUUCCGGAGUGUGACCCAGGAGCACAUGGAGUCGGCGACGCAUGUGCUUGUUUGCACGCGGGAGCACCAAGGGGAGUCGGAGAUUGUGCCACUGAUUCAGUUUACUGAUGAGUACCCGACUUACUUUGUGUUUCAGGAGCGAAAAUGGAAGCUUGACGCCAAGACGGGACGGUUUGUCAAACCGAUCUUUCCUGUAAAGGAGCUCCUACCGCACUACCUGGAUUGGCAAGGGUUGAGUGACCCCACCAUGUGCGAAAAACAGCUUGAUAGCUUUGGCCCAAACAAGAUGGAGGUGGUGAUUCCAGAUUUUCAAACUCUCCUGGUGGAUCAUGCCUUGGCUCCUUUCUUUGUAUUUCAAAUGUUUUGCGUGCUGCUAUGGUGCCUGGAUGAGUACUGGUACUACUCCCUCUUUACCGGGGUGAUGAUGGUGGGUAUGGAGUGCACAGUUGUGAUGCAACGCAUCCGAAACAUGAAAACGUUACGAGAUAUGGCGGAGGUGCCGGUGCGUGAAGUAACAGUAGUGAGACAAGGACAGGAGAAACGCAUCAAGACAAACGAGCUGUUGCCGAUGGAUCUCAUGGUGGUGGAGAGCAAUGCCCCCUGCCCAGUGGAUUCCAUAAUUGUGCGCGGCACAUGCAUCGUGAAUGAGGCAACCUUGACUGGUGAGUCAACGCCGCAGCUUAAAGAGGCACCUGAUUGGAUUGAAAUUCCUCUAGAUAUGAAAAAGCACGGUCGCCACCUUCUGUUUUCGGGCACAGAGCUGUUACUUAGCAAUGGCCCAUAUGGUAAGAGCGAUACAGAGCGUGGUAUGGCUCUCGCUGUUGUGCUUAAAACUGGCUUUGAAACAAAGCAGGGACAGUUGCUGCGUACCAUCCUUCACAGUCAGGGGCGUGUAAGUGAGAACAGUGGAGAAUCCUUUGCUUUUAUUGGGGUUCUUGUGGUAUUUGCUCUUGCAGCUGCUGGCUAUCUUCUUAAACGAGGGUUGGAGGAUCCAAAUCGUAGUCGAUGGAAGUUGUUUUUGUCUUGCGUUCAAAUUAUUACGGCGGUUGUUCCGCCAGAGUUGCCGAUGGAGUUGUCCCUCGCUGUCAACACAUCGCUGCUCUCGCUUGUCAGACUGCAGGUGUUUUGUACUGAGCCCUUCCGUAUUCCAUUUGCAGGCAAAGUGGACACCUGCUGCUUUGAUAAGACGGGCACCCUUACAACUGAUGAGAUGCUCUUUGGUGGCGUGGACAUGGCAGAUGGGAAUGGUUUGCUGAAUCAACUUAAAAAGAUACCAAAAUUGGCUGAGGUGGUGUUGGUGACAUGCCAUUCACUGCUGCAGCUGGAGGGGGUCGAUACGGUGGCUGGGGAUGCCAUGGAAAAGGCCGCUCUCGGGGCGCUGGGCUACAGGGUAAACUUGGACGACACUAUCGUGUACGACCCACCACUGCCUAAGGACAGUGGCGCGGUGGAAGGCGAAGGGAAGAAUUGCGGCGCUGGAAAAUCCAAGAAGGCCAAGAAAAAUAACAUCGACGCCAAUAAGCAGUACAUGAUCCUCUCACGCUUCCCAUUUUCGGCGAAUUUACGGCGCAUGUCAUGUGUAGUCAACACCCCAGAGGGGAAGUAUGUGGUGGCGAAGGGGUCACCCGAGGCCAUCGCUCACCUGUGCAAGAGCGUCCCGCCGGAGUACCACCAGGUGGCGGACACCCAUGCGUCCCGCGGCUACCGCGUCAUCGCGCUUGCCGCCCGCCCUCUACGAGAGGAGGAACGAUCGAAGACUGCUAUUCAUCAUUUACAACGCGAAGACUGUGAAAAGGAUCUCAUCUUUGCCGGUCUUGCUGUGUACGAGUGCCCAUUAAAGAAGGAUGCAAAGGACACGAUUUCAGUGCUGCAAAACGGAAGCCACCGCUGCGUUAUUAUUACAGGAGACAGUGUGCGAACCGCCAUAUCGGUUGGGCAAGAUGUGGGGAUUUUACGCUGCCGCCGACAGCUUGUUGCACGCGGGGCGAAGUGUGGAAGUGGUGCCAUUGAAUGGUGCGAUGCAUCAACGGGGGAAUUGAUCACGCUUGACCAGAGCGCCAUUCUACGCAAAACAUUUGUGCACACUCGCAAACACACGACUCCCACAGAGGAGGAGUGGGAUCUGUGCGUAAAUGCGGAAAAUCUCUCACCAGCGAGCAUGACGACACUCAUCGCGGCAUGCAACGAGCACAUAGCCGUCUGGGCGCGCUGUGCCCCAACGCAGAAGGAAGACAUUGUGACGGACCUCAAAAAGAAAGAUCACCUCGUUCUCAUGGCAGGGGAUGGCACGAACGAUGUUGGGGCGUUAAAGCAGGCUCACGCCGGCGUUGCCGUUUUGAACGCCGCUGCUGUGGCACCGCAGAAGAGUGACGGCAAGAUCGUGGACAACUCACCCCAGUCACACAAUGAGCCGGAUGUGCCGCCAGAGCACAAGCUGCCACCAGGAUUUAAGUUUACCGUUUUGCCUCCGAAACCGUCUGAGGAUGCCCCGUUUAUGGUGCAGAUGCGGUGGAAGAUGGCAGAGGCGCGGCGCAAGGCAGAGAUUUUUCAAAUUGGGAAAUGGAAUAAACAGAUAGAGGAGAUGAAGCAGAAGAAACUUGCCGAUAAGGCCGCUAUGCCGCCCCCACCAGACAGCUCCACCUCAGACUUUCUCAUGCAAUCCCUUUUUAAUGAGGAUGAGAUGGACUUUGGCGGACCUCCGCAAAUUAAGCUGGGUGAUGCUUCCAUAGCAGCUCCAUUCACCUGUCGCUCGAAGGCACUAAUGUCCGUCUGUGAUAUUGUGCGCCUUGGGCGAAGCACACUCGUAACGACUUUGCAAAUGUACAAGAUUCUCGCUCUUAACUGUCUAACGUCGGCCUACUCCAUGUCUGUUUUACAUACAGAUGGAGUCAAGCUGGGUGAAAAACAAAUGGUCUUGUCCGGUGUCAUCUUGUCUGUCUGCUUCCUAUGCAUGUCACGCAGUCAGCCAAUGCCUACGUUAUGUCCACAACGACCGAUUACACGUGUAUUUCAUCCCUACAUGAUCUGCACCAUUUUUAUGCAGUUUGGUCUGCAUCUGUAUAGCAUGAUGCAAACUGUGAAGCUGGUGGAGGAGGUGGACAGCACGGAGGUGGCAAAUAUGCGGCAGAGUGGCUUUGAGGGGGAGUUCAAACCGACGCUGUUGAAUUCCGCAAUGUUUUUGCUAACCACACUUAUUGGUGGAGUUACAUUUGCGGUCAACUACCGCGGUGAACCGUUUAUGCAGAGCCUGCGAAGGAAUAAGCCCUUAUUCUACGCACUGAUCUUCCUCAGUUUGGUCGUCAUUUACUUUGCGUCCGAGGCAGAUCCGGAGGGCAAUGCCAUGUUUGAGUUUGUCGCCUUCCCGUCAGACGAGUUCCGUAGACGGUUCAUACAACUCCUCCUGACAGACGCUGGUGGUUGCUUCGCCAUUGAGUACGCCUGCCUUUACUUUUUGACGGACUACCUGUAA